AUGCCUUCGGUCUCCCGAGCACCUCACCGCCGCCGAGAAUCAGACCCGCCUGCUGCGGUGGCACGUCCCUAUACCGCCAACAUGGAAUCUUACAUCCCUUAUACUCCGCAAUACGACUCUACUCAGGAGCGAAAUCACGAUAUGUCGAUCGAGGCACAUACCAACCGGGUCCGAACUAUUCUGGAGGAGCGGGGACACCUUCUAGACCUGCGUGAACAUAUCCUGGGGCCACCACAGACGGAUGCUACCAUGGUGUCUCGGCUGUCGUACAGCCUGGCACUGUUUGAGCAGCAUCGCCAGGACACCAUGCUGGCCGAACGGCAGUCUCGCGACGAGGUCCGGGGACGCAGUGUGCAGCUCAGAAUCGAAAGCGAGAACCUCCAAGACGAGAGUGACAGGCUCGCAGGGCAGGCCGAGAGGCUGAGAAUGGAGUUCCAGCGGCUCGACGGCCAGGAUGAACAGUUUGCUUUCAUGGUACAGUGGAUUGCAGACAAUUACGCCUUGCACUGCCGAGAGUUGGCAAGAAUCAAAAAACGCAUGGCAGAGACAAAAUCCGCGGCUCCUGUGCCGGAGAAGUAG